AGGCUGCCCCGGAGUGUAAUUACUCGACAAAUAAUACCAGUCGCAUUGAUUAUUGAUUGUGGCUGCUCGAAAUAUUGCGUGCCAGUCGCAUUUAGGCUACUCCAAAUAUUGCACUUCCAUUAUUGGCAGCAGAGCACCACUCUCACGCACUUGCCAGCCGGAGAGAGAGGAAGAUGAGCGCGUCGUGACUGAUGG